ACGCGUCAUGUGACGUCUGUGUCAUCGUUGACUGAGAAUCAGCUGAUCCUUCCAUUCUAUUUCUCUGGCGCUGUCACGACUUAUCUCUUUCAUGUUAUGUUCUGUAUGUCUUUAAAUCUUUAGGUUGUUUUAAACACUUUUUAAACUCCUAAAGACCUUCUUCCUGUCGCCGCGACACGAUCCUUUUUCCUCGGUGAAGCUUAAAUUGGCUUAAAGCAGCAGUCAUGGCGCUGAGCGAUGCCGACGUCCAGAAGCAGAUCAAGCACAUGAUGGCUUUCAUUGAGCAGGAGGCCAAUGAAAAAGCAGAAGAAAUUGAUGCAAAGGCAGAAGAAGAGUUCAACAUUGAGAAGGGUCGGUUGGUUCAGACCCAGCGUCUGAAGAUCAUGGAGUAUUAUGAGAAGAAGGAAAAACAGAUUGAACAGCAGAAGAAAAUUCAAAUGUCCAAUCUAAUGAACCAAGCCAGAUUGAAGGUCCUGAAGGCCCGAGAUGAUAUGAUCUCGGAUUUGCUAAAUGAUGCACGUCAGCGCCUAGCAAAUGUAGCCAGAGAUCCUUCCAGAUACACAGCCUUGUUAGAUGGGCUCAUUCUGCAGGGAUUUUACCAACUCCUAGAACCCAAGGUGACCAUCCGUUGUCGCAAGCAGGACAUGGGUAUAGUGCAGGCGGCCAUACAGAAAAACAUCCCAAUCUACAAAGCAUCAGUGAAGGACAAGCUGGAAGUGCGCAUUGACCAGGACAACUUCCUCUCUCCUGAAAUAUCUGGUGGUAUUGAGUUGUACAAUGCUGAUGGGAAGAUAAAAGUGUCCAACACGCUGGAGAGCAGGCUGAACCUUCUGGCACAACAGAUGAUGCCCGAAAUCCGAGUUGUCCUAUUUGGAGCGAACCAGAACCGCAAGUUUCUGGACUGAUUCUCAUUCACAAAAGAACAAAGCUUUUAGAACCACGGCAGAUUGCCAUAUUUUGAUGUUGUGCUUUUUAUUUUAUUCUAAUGUUAAAUACUCCAUUCCUGUGUCUGUCUGUAUUUAAGAAAAUAUCAUGUGUGUGUGCGUAUCUGUAUGUGGUGAUUCAGUAUUGCUGUUAAAAGGACCAAGUAAAUGUUUUGACUGACUGCUGGAAAUUUGGUCCUUCAAAUCUCAUUGACUGCAGCUGUAAUUCAACAGUUAUGUUUACAGAAGAGCUUACGUGAGCACAGUCUUAUACUGAUGUAAAAAUCCAUUGUUUCUUCUUUCAGUUGAAUUUUGUUUUGUUUACCCUAUCUGUGUUGCGAAGCAUGACCUGUAUAUCAGAAGCAGAUGUGUCUGUCAACACAACAAAGAUUAUAUUGAUGUGAAAACGUAUAAACAUUAUCAAUCUGA